CUGCACUUCGCCUUCCGCGGAAGAAACAUUCCCCUCUGGCGGCAAACGCAAAAACCCCUGUAGCCUGAGGCUGAUCGGACCUCCGGCUGAGCUCAACCAUGGCCUGCAAUGGCUCCGCCUGCCAGUCCGGCUGCUACAAAAACGGAGAUGAGCUCGCAGCUCCGGAAGAAGGCGGAGCUGCAGCCGCUAGCAACAGUAAUAGCAACAGCAGCAGCAACGGCAGUGGGAACAAUCUCUGCGUGAAGUGCAAGGUGAAGGAACCGUUCACUGUCGCCGGUGGAGGCGGCGGGGAGGAUGGCCGGUUCUGCGCCGAAUGCUUCCGGAGCAACCUCUUCGGGAAGUUCAGGCACGCCGUCACGUCCAACGCCAUGAUCGGCCCCACAGACAACGUUCUCGUCGCUUUCUCCGGCGGCCCUGCCUCCAGGGUGGCUCUUCAGUUUGUUCAUGAGCUGCAAUACAAAGCACAGAAGAAUUUCGAUGCAAGUAGGGAUAGAUCCUUGCCGGUGUUCGGUGUUGGAGUUGCUUUCGUUGAUGAGAGCGCAGCUCACUUGCCAUCUUCUGACAAAGCAAUGGACCAGGCAAUCGAGGAUGUUAAGUCUCUUGUGUUGGAACUGUCACCUCCAGCGAAAGAGUUGCAUCAUUUCCCGAUCGAGAGCAUCUGUUCUGGGGAUUCAAGUGAUCAGAGGGAAAAGUUGAAGGAGGUUCUAAAUGCGGUCACUGAUGCCACUGGGAAGGAAGAUUUUCUCGUGCAUCUUAGAAUGUUGGCUUUGCAGAAGAUUGCCUCUGAAAAUGGAUACACGAGAGUGGUACUAGGAUCGUGCACAUCAAGGAUUGCAUGUCAUGUCAUCUCAGCAACUGUGAAGGGCCGAGGUUACUCCUUACCUGCAGAUAUACAGUACGUUGAUGCAAGGUGGGAGGCACCAGUAGUUCUCCCACUUCAUGAUUGUCUUGCUCAGGAGCUGAAUAUGCUUUGCCAUCUUGACGGUCUCAAGACUAUAGAGUUGCCUUAUGAGCCUCAAUCCACCAUUAAUAGCUUGAUCUCAUCAUUUGUAGCUCUGCUGCAGGAAGAAAAUCCUUCUCGAGAGUCCACGAUUGUCAGAACUGCUGGAAAGCUGACACCAUUUGCUUUCAAUCGGAUUCCAGAAAUCAAUGACACCAAUGUUCCUCUAGCAACCCGAAGGCGGCAAAAGAGAUCCAGUCUCAAGCUAAAUGGAUCCAUCUCCUCAGAAUCCUUCUGUCCAAUGUGCUAUAGCCCUCUUAUACAGUCCAAAGUGCAAGCUUUAGACACUCCUGAGGCUAGCAAAACAAAUUCCUAUAUUUUUGGUAGUUCGUGCUGUUCAAGUUGCCGUUUUCAGAUACUUCCUCAGGAUCCUUUAUGCAUGGAGCACUUCUAUUCUCAUCUGCCACCGCCACUUGUUGCACGGGCCUCAUCUGGAAAUGCUCAUGACAUUAGAUCUCUAAGGGAGCACAUUCAGGACUACUUGCUUUUGGACAGCGAUAAUGAACAGUGAAACACGAAUUUCCUUUACACCACAGGCCAAUUGAGGGUCCCUCUUAUUCUCGAAUGUCCAUAGCCGAAUGCUGCAUGCAAGUUGCCAAUCAAGGCAGUUCUGGAAGGAUGUCCCGAGCAACAGCUGAUCAUCACCGAGUAGUUCUUGUAUAAGUUGAGGCUACCUAAAAUUGGGUCAUUUAUGGGCACAAGUAUCAACGUAUACCUUUAUUUCGGUCGGGUAAAUGUGUCUCAUUUGUUUUCUCGAGAUUUUAUGUCACCGAAUCUGGUUUUACUAUGGUUCAUAAAGAACAUAUAUUGCUUCA